AUGCGUGUGGCGUCGCAGUGCCAGUCUCGCUCCGCUUCCGUCGCCGCCGAGGUGUUCCGCCCGCUGCCGUACCACGCCACGCACGACCUGUCGCUCCAGAUGUUACGUAUCGCAAAGUCGCUGCCGCUGCUGCUGCUGCUGGCGUCGUGGGCGUCGGCCGCUCCGGCCGUCGUCUCGGCGCCCCUGUCGACGAUGAAGGCGUCGGCGUCCUCGUCUUCGGACGAGUCCGAGCUGGCACCGUCGCCGUGCAAGACCUACUGGACGUACACCGGCUCCAAGGCGGACUGCCGGGCCGCCGGGCUCACCGACCUGCCGGCCUCGCUGGACCCGGCGGCGCAGCAGCUCGACCUGUCCGACAACAACCUGACGGCGCUGCGCAACGGCUCGCUGGCGGCGCUGGGGCUGUCGGCGCUCGAGCUGCUCGACGCGGGCGCCAACGCGCUGGCCGCCGUCGAGCCGGACGCGUUCCGCGGGCUGCGCCUGCUUCGCACCGUGCGCCUCAGCGACAACCGGCUGCGCGCGCUGCACGCCGACACGUUCGCGCACAACCCGCGCCUGCAGGAGCUCUUCCUGGACGGCAACCCGCUGGCGGCGCUGCCCGCCGACGGCGCCUGGCUGCGCGCGCCGCUGCUGCUCGUGCUCGACGCGUCGCGCUGCGGCCUGGCCGCGCUGCCGCGCCGCGCGCUCUCCGCGCUGCCGCACCUGCGCGCGCUCUACCUCGCGCGCAACAGGCUGCGCGCGCUGCCCUCCGCGCCGGGCGCCUUCGCCGCCUCGUCGGCGCUGCUCUUCCUCGACCUGUCGGCCAACCGGCUGCGCGACCUGCCCGCCGGCGCCUUCUCCGGGCUGGGCGCGCUGCGCAGGCUCGACCUGCAGGACAACGAGCUGCUGGCGCCGCCCGCCGCCGCCUUCGCGCCUCUGCGCUCGCUGGCGCGCCUCGAGCUGGGAGGCAACCCGCUGGCGUGCGACUGCGCGCUAUACCCACUGCGCUCCUGGGCAACCGCGCGCAACCUGUCCGUGCGUGCGCACUGCGCCGCCACCGGUGCCGCCUGGACGCUGCUCGACAACCUCGACUGCCCGGCCUGA